UUUCCUCGGACCAAAAAAAAAAAACCAGAUUCGUCGCAGAAGAAGAAGAAGAAGGAAGAUGGAGAAGAAGGAGAAGAAAUGUCAGAUUUCGUCAACGGAAGCUGUUUUUCUUGGAGCUCUAGCUCCAGGCGUCAAUGGUCCAACAUGGAACACACUGAGAAUCGCGUUUCUACUACUGGGUCUUUGUCUAGCUUUCAUGCUCUCUGUAGCUUUCACCAGUGGCCAAUCAAUGUUGCUUGUUCAUGUUGGCUUUCUCAUUGUUAUCGCCUCUACUCUCUUUAUCCUCCUCAAUUGGUUUCUUGCUCAGACUGGCUUAGUACAAGUGGAGACACAAAUGCAGGAGCUGAAUUUGUCACCGAGUGAUAAAACCAAAUGAUCAUGGACACGUUGGUAGAGGCAGACACAUGUGUAAUAGAACAUUUAACAACAGAUAUAUCAAGCAAAUAGGAGGACUUGAUUUGGUACAACAAGAAGAUCCUCUCUUUACUCUUCUUGUUUCUAUUGUGGUACAUAGCAUUUGCUUUCUCUUUACUCUUUUCUUGGUUCUCUCUUCUUGUUUUGUUUUCUUUCUUUGGCUUGGGGAAACAGCAAGGGAACUGAAACAAGAAACUUCAUCAUGAUCAGGAUUUGAUUUGCUCAAUUCUCCAACAUUAGUUCCUCUUAUUUUGGUUUCGUUUAUUUGUAACUGCUUCUGAGAAGCUAUUCCAGACAAAGUUUGUUCGUCCCAUGUAAAAAAUGAUGGUUCCAUACA